CAUAACUUAACCUAAGGAAUUUUCUGUGCACACUUUUAAUUUUUUUUUCCUCCCUCCCCGGCUGCAUCAUGAGAAAGAAAGAUCCUGCCCGGAGGGAAUCCCGGGACACCCCUCUCCGGAGAUCCUCUCGUCUGCAACCGGAGAAAGUAGAGCCAGAGGUGAGAUCGGGAGAUGCCGACAAGCAGGUGUCGAGAGAACCGCCGAGCCUGAAAGGAAGUCGCUCGAAUGACAUCCUCCAGCCCCGAGAGAGCAUCAAAGCGCACAGGAAGCGGGUUGAUCUCUCCGAAGACGACUCCCCCCCAGAUCCGCUCCGUGGUCCGUUGCCGCAGUCCGAACCAGAAGCUCGGAAAGACGACAGACCGAGCGUUUCGGAGAGCGAGAGCCCGCUGUCCCCGUUUGUCAGGCUAAGGAGGCUGGCUGCUCCUCCGGAAGAAGAGAUUCCCGGACGCCGAAAGGGGGAAGAGGAGCUGCAGAAACCCAACCUUGACUGGGAAGUGGUGAAGGACGAGAGGGCUCGGCUGUGGGUACUGGAGACUCGGAGGCCCCAAAGCAUGAAGGGGGCACCCCCAGCGGAAGAGGUGACACCCAGCUUACAAAGCCCAGUGGAAAACAAAGCCCUUGGGAAACCAGCCAGGGCAGGAAUCGGCAGCAGAGCUGGCUGGGGACUGAGAAUGGAGAAGACUGCCCCUUCCAUGCUGCGGGCUGAAGUUUUGCCAGCAGGGAAACCGAGCAGAAAGGGGAUCUUGGUCUCUCCACAGCGUUUCCGGCCUCUGACCGCUCUCUAUUUCCUUCUCUUCCUGCUUGUGAUGGGUUUUGCUUGCUGGUUUGUUUGGAAACACGGAAUUCCCGGGGCUUGGACGGGGCUGAUGGGAUAUGGGCAGUGGAAGCUGAGCAGUUUUCCAAGCCUGUGGAGUGAGACAGAGGAGUGCAGUAAUCAGUGCAGGGUGGUGCUCGUGGAGAGCCUGCCAGCCAAUCUCCAUUUGAAAUCACCAAAUCCGAGCAUCUACCAGGCCUGGGUGGACCUUCUGGCUGAAGCCCACAGCAGCGUGGAGAUCGCCGCUUUCUACUUUACUCUACGAGACUCGGAUAUCCACGUGCAGGAUCCGUCCUCACAGCAGGGUAAGGCGGUGUUUGAGGCCCUGCGGGGCCUUCCCGCUCGUGGGGUGAAGCUCAGCAUCGCCGUGAACAGCCCCCAGUUGUCGGAGAACGAUACAGACGACCUGGCCCGUCACGGUGCAGAAGUGAGGUACGUCAACAUGAAGCGCCUGACCGGAGGGGUUGUGCACACCAAGUUUUGGGUCGUGGAUCACCAGCAUGUCUACAUUGGCAGCGCCAACAUGGACUGGCGAUCCCUCACUCAGGUGAAGGAGCUGGGGGCCGUGAUUUACAACUGCAGCUGCCUAGCGACGGAUCUCCACCGGAUCUUUGCCAUCUACCGCCUCCUGGGAGAAGAAGGGGCUUCCGUCCCCGCGUCCUGGCCAGGUGGCCUUGCCGCCAAGUCCAGCCUAAGACACCCCCUGAAGCUGCAGCUCAAUGGCACCGAUUCGGAGGUGUACCUCUCUAGUUCCCCACCAGCUUUGUGCUCAAAGGGACGAACGUCUGAUCUCACGGCCAUCCUCAGCACCAUCAAGGAUGCGGAAGACUUUGUCUACAUCGCCGUGAUGGAAUACGAACCCCAGUGCUCGUUCUGCAAGCCCAAGAGGUUCUGGCCCGUCAUCGACGAUGCCUUGCGCGCGGCCGCUUGCGAGCGAGGGGUGAACGUGCGUCUUCUCCUAAGCUGCUGGCGUCACUCAAGGCCUUCCAUGUUUGUCUUCCUGGAGUCGCUCAGCGUCCUGAGCCGCGAGCCGCUGGGUUGCCCUAUUGAGGUGAAGCUCUUUGUGGUCCCUUCUGGAGGGGAACAGCCGCCGAUCCCUUACGCUCACGUCAGUCACAAUAAAUACAUGGUGACCGACCGGCUGGCCUACAUCGGUACCUCCAACUGGUCUGAAGACUAUUUCGUCAACACCACCGGCGUCGGACUGGUCGUCAGCCAGCGGGACUCGGCCAGCGCGCAUCCCCCAGGGUUCACCCUACGCCAGCAGUUGGAGGAAGUCUUCCUCCGAGACUGGACCUCUGCCCACGCGAAGCCACUCAGCCGUCACCGGGAAUGUGCUAAAGCGUGAACAGGGUGUGUGUGUGUGUGCUCCGUCCAGAGACUCGAACCCUUGAAUCUGGAAGCACUUUUUUGGAAACCCUUGGCCGCUCUUGGCGUCCUUCCAGACUGCCCGGAUGUGUCCAGAAAGAGGAUCACGAAUCCGUUUUUAACCGCCUUAAACUGUCGCCAGAUCUGUUUGUAGAAAAGAGUCACAGGAGAGAAAAAAACAAAUUGAAAUCACUGGGAGCUGUUUGACCACUGGCUCUGGAUACUGGGGUAUCUUCAGGACAAAAGCAGGGGUGGGUUGUCAACCUCUCUAA